UACCGUCCCUCUGGCACGUUGACGUAGGCGCUCUUGUUGAGCAGCAGCUCGGAGUGCCAUUGAUGAUACUGUUUAUGCAAUGCGCGUAGUCGAUCUUGGAGUUCUUGGAGGUCUCGAAGCAGCUCGGCAUACCAUUGACGAUAAUAGUCAUGCAAUCUCCGCAGUUGUUCUUGGAGUUCUGGGAAGUCUGGAAGCCCUGGAUGCUCAGCAAUGCUGGCACUUAUUCCAUCUUCAGGAGGCUCGACUUCGGGUUUACUUGGUGCGGUUGGGUCAUGAGCUUUCCCCUGCUCUACAUCCUUUAUCGCUCCCAUUAGUUCGUAGUACCCUACCAAGAUGAAGAGUACGAGGAGGAUGCAGAUGAGAAUGUUACGAUAAUCCACGCCACCUGGAUUGGAAUGUAGUCGCCACAUAAGGCUCGUAUAUAGGAUCA